AUGGAUGCAAACGGGCAGGCCCCGAUGGUGCGGCUUGUGGAGUCCAUCGAGCAGGGGCAAGAGGCCCUGGUGCGACUGAGUGUUCCAGAUGGUCAGGCUCCGGGCUCCCUGCCAGAAGGAUGCUACGUGGAGUUUGCGGACGUCCGGGGCUGCGACGGAAUCUCCACGCACCAGGAGCCUUCCCCCUGUGGGGAGCACGUCACAGCCUGGAAGAUCAGCUCGAAGCCAGGUGAUCCCGUGAACUCCAUCCGCAUUGGAGACACUUCGAGCUUCCCUCCCUACAUCUCGGGCGGCCUCGUCACGGAGAAGAAGGUUGGCGUCCCAUAUGCCUUCAAGUCCCUUGCGGAGUCCUUGAAGGACCCUGGAAUGCCAUUCGACAACAUGGUGGGAACCGACAUGAUCAACUUCGGUGCGAACCUCCGAGGGAGGGGGGGUGGGAUAGGGAUUGUUUCGCAGCCCAAAACCUACUCGUCAGAAUACCUAGACAAGGGUUUAUUUAGGAGGAUCGUGAGGCGGAACAUGAGAGUUCGGGGGCCAACUUAG